GUAGCAGAUUCCUGGCAGAGGCAGCCGCUUGUGUCUGCUCUCCCUCUCUUUCUCCGACACACACAUGCACAUACGCACACGCACGGUGUGUCAGUAGCCCAUGUAGAACCACGUAGCAACACCAGCUUUGGAUUUUCAACAAGCAAGACAGCAGCAGGAGCCGGUCAUGGAUCUUUUUGAACUGGACUUUUUCCGAGACUGGGAGCUAGAGCAACCAUGUCAUUUGGAGUCGGAGCGCAGUGUCCUGAAAAGGAGGGAAUGGGAGAGGAGGAACCAGGAGGUCCAGCAGGAUGAAGACUUGUUCGCAACUGGAUUCAACCUGUUUGGAGAACCUUACAAAACUAAUAAAGGUGAUGCGUUGGCGAGUCGGGUCCAGAACACGCUUGGCUCCUAUGAAGAAAUGAAAGACCUGCUCACCAGCCAUUCAAACCAGAGCCACUUAGUGGGGAUCCCCAAAGGCAGCAGUGCCAACAACAACAUGCAAACACCAACCACUUCAGCCACAAUGGAGUCCCAGCUUUUUAACGAAACCCUUAAUACAGGCCCCGAGGGGGGAGGAGUGGAGGGAGGUGGGGAAAAAAGAACGGGGAGUGUAUCCUCGUCGUCCUCGACGCCCAUGCAACCUCCUGCAGCAACAACAUCAUCAUCGAGUUUGCAGAAUUCCAAAAAGUCUAGGAGCUCUGUGGAGUGGUCAAAAGGAUGCCAUGCGCCAACCACCACGGGAGCAAACCUUCUUCUGGGGUUGGGGCAAGGUCAAGGUCAAGGUCAGGCUCCGGGAGCUGCAAAUGGAAGAGGGAAAGCGUUUGAGGAGCAGCAAAUCCAAAGGCACGAUGAGCUUUUCAGCUCACUGAAAGAUGAACUGGGGCUAAAAAGAGACUUGAGCCCUUCUUCGUCAUCGUCAUCCUCUUCUUCCUCCACAUCCUCUGGGAGACGGCAUUCUUCCCACUCUUCGAAAACCCUUCCUCUACCAGAUGCUGGCAAUUAUCGAUCUUCUGCCAUGGAUGGUGGCCAGUGCAAAUCUUCUGGCUCCCCUUUACAAAACGAAACAAGCUCCCACAUCGCCAUGUCAACCUCUCCGCUGGCUUCCACAUCGCUUUUGUCAACAACACCUGUACCUGGUCUUACCACUCCCACAGCCACCUUCCCACCUGGUGGCCUAUCAGGGAAGCCGAUUGCAGUGCAGCAGAAGCCAACAGCGUAUGUUCGCCCAAUGGACGGCCAGGACCAGGCACCCAUCGACUCACCACAACUAAAACCACCUCUAGUGGCACCUGAGGGGUUCAACUGUGGUCAGGCUUAUGGUGGAAACUCUGGGAACAUCAAGAAUAAACUGCCAAAACUGAGUCUGAACCACCCCGCUGAGGUCAGCAUUCCAAAUGAUUCCAGCUGUGUUGAAGAGAUUCUGCGGGAGAUGACCCACUCUUGGCCACCCCCUCUUACUGCCAUUCACACGCCAGGCAAAGCUGAUCAGACCAAGUUCCCCAUUCCAAGCAAGGAGUCGCAGCAUGUGACCUCAGGCUACAACACUCAGAAGCGCUGUCCUAUAUCAUCUAACAAGCCUGCAGUGAAACCACCAGCGGCGCCACAGAAGUCAAUGCUGGAGGAUGACCUGAAGAUCAGCAGCGACGAAGAAGAGGCCGAACAACAGGUAUCUGACAAGCCCAAAGCCCGAGCAACAGCCUUGAGUGGUGCAUCGGGGAGCAGCAGUGAAUCGGAGAGCAGCUCAGAGUCAGACACAGACGAAUCAGAGAGCAGCUCCAGUGACAGCGAAUAUAACCAGGCCACCCGCACCAACUCCCCUGAGCCUGAGCCAUCUUCCACCAACAAGUGGCAGCUAGACAGCUGGUUGAACAAAGUCCAAGCCCAAACCAAACCUCUGGUGGCCCCACAGCAAGAUCACCAUGUUGCAGGUUCUGCCACCAAAAUUCAGGAAACAUUCACACAGCGGAGUGAAGCGGCAGGACUGGGUGCUGCUGCCAAAACCAAAUCCUGUGGCUCCAGCAGCACUGCUCUUCCCACAGCACCAACAGUGGAGCACAAAGAUGCCAGGGCAACAUUCUGCCCAAGCAGAGAGAAAACAAAGGCCAAACUCAGCCAGAAGGCAUCAGGGGAAGGUCAGAGGUCAAAGAUGAGGCUGUCACCCGCACCAAUGUCUGGACCAGAGGUGACCGCACAGAGGAGGACCACUACAGGGAAGAAACAGCCCAGACGGACAGAGAGGUCGAACAGUGUGGAGGAUAAUCAGAGCCAGACAUGGAGCAGAGCAAACCAACAAAGUCCUGCAGCAAGGGAAAAGGAUCUAUUCCCCCCUUCCUCCUUGGAGCAUCAGAACCCCCCCAGGCCGAGAACCAAGCCCCCAAGUGGGAAGUCAGCACCCAGGAAAGAACCUCGCAGUGCCACCAUGUCAAACAACACAAUUGCACCGCCAGUAGAACUACAGCAAACCACUGUGCCAAUACCCGCUGUGACUGUAAAUCAGGAAAAAAGAAAGCACCGAGGCCCGAGUAGUAGAAUCACACCCAAGUCCAGAGAGUUUGUCGAAACAGAUUCUUCAUCCUCUUCUUCAGAAUGCCAGUCGGAUUCGGAGGAAGCCAUCAAAAACCCCGCUUUGCCGCCUCAGUCGACACGUGCCGGGAUUAACGCACAGACUCCAUCCAACUCAUACACCCCUUCUCUCCCAUGUUUUGGCUUAGCCAACAGUAUGGGAAGUUUGGGAGCCUUUGGAGGGAAGGGGCUUUGUGUCCGAGAUAGUAGCAAUGUGACCACUAAUAUUAAUAGUAGCACUAGUAGCAUCAGCAGUGGUGGCACUGUAAGUAUUAGUGCCUCGAAUACGCUAAGCAUUAGCAACAUAAGUGGUUCAUUCGGUACCUCUGUUCCUGACCCCGGAGGGUUAGGUGGACCAUGCAAGGACCUGGGGUCCAUGUCACCACACUUUAACAUUGGACAAGAUUUGCCUUUUUCCCCACUUAGAGAAUACCAGGAGACUCAGAGUCUAUGGGUGAAAAUCGACCUGAGUUUGCUUGACAGGGUGCCUGGACAGGGUUUUAGUCAAAUAUCCCGGGUAGGAAUGAAGGAAAGGGACAGAACUGAAGGAAAAGGGUGCGAAAGGCUGAGGGACAGGGCCGUGGUGCCUGACAGAGAGAGACAAAAACAGGGUGACAGAGAGUGGCAAGGACUCAGAGAAAGACAGAAGUUAGCCAAAGGGGAGAGGCUUGGGGAAGAAAAUGAGCCAUUAGUGCAGGACGCAGAGAGGCAAGGUGACAGGGAUAGAUUAACAGAGAGGGACAGACAGGCUGACAGAGAGGAGAGAGAAAGGUUCCAUUUAGGACUAAGAGACAAUGCGACAGAGGGAAGAAGAGAGAAGCUAUGUCAGGGUCUCGUGGUCCUCGACAACCCCUGUGUACAGGAAAAGACUCUUCCGAGACUGCCUGGGAAGAUGGACAGAGGGGAGAGUGGAGGAAAACACAGGAGGCAAGCAACGAGCAACAUGGUUGUCCCAACAGAGAAGCACACCAGCAGGAGCAAGAGGAAACACAAGUCGGACCACAGUGAACCUUCCAUCAACAGCAAUAAAAAGCUGCAAUUGGACAAAGACUGUCAGCUACUCCCACCAUGCAUCUCUCCAAUACACAACCACAAAAACAGCUCUAUGGAAUCUCUAAGCAGGAAACAGUCCCGGCGGCACGAUGAGAAGCUACUUCCUCCACUUCUUUCACCCCUCUCUGAAGAACCCCCUCAUAAAAAGACCUGUGAGAGCAGUUCAUCUUUCAGUCAGGAGGGCGGAGCCACUGGGCCACUGCCCUGCCCCAUCUCUUCCACACACAGACACAGGAGAGGAGAAAGCAAAGCAUUAUCACAUGCAAGAAAUAAUGCUGGAAGUCUAACAGAUAAUCAUAGUGAGAAGCCCUGUGGACACAGUUACCCUACCAAUGGGCAGUCGGACUCAGAUGCUUGGUCGGAACCACUGAUGGAACCUCCAGAACCUCCCAGACCGAGACUGUUGUUUAGUGACACAGUCCACAGCGCAGACUACUACAUGCAGGAGGCUAAAAGGCUAAAGCACAAGGCUGAUGCUUUGAUGGACAAAUUUGGUAAAGCGGUGAACUACGCAGACGGCGCACUCUCUUUCAUUGAGUGUGGAAACGCAAUGGAGCGAGAUCCCCUGGAGGCUAAAUCUCCAUACACCAUGUACUCGGAAACCGUCGAGCUAAUCAGGUAUGCCAUGAGGUUGAAGAACUUCACCAGCCAUUCAGCCACCAUCGCUGAGAAGAAACUUGCUGUGUUGUGUAACCGCUGUCUGUCUCUGCUGUAUCUGCGGAUGUUCCAUCUGAAGAAAGACCAUGCUGUCAAGUACUCACGCUCACUGAUGGAGUAUUUCAAGAACUCAGCCAAGAGCUCCCAUCAAGCACCUUCUCCCUGGAGGACCAAUGGAAAAAUCAACGGGACUCCAUCUCCACUCUCUCUCAGCCCCUCCCCGGCCAGCGGCGGAGGAGCCGGAUCAGCAGGCACGCCGGUUUCGUCGGGCAGUGUCGCCAUUCCCCAACGCAUUCACCACAUGGCGGCCAGUCAUGUGAACAUCACCAACAACAUCCUGCGCAGCUAUGAACACUGGGAGACGGCGGAUAGACUGGCUACUGGUAGUCACGACUUCUUUCAGGAGCUGGACUCUGCCAUGGAGCCGUUGAGUCAGCAGAGCAGCAUGACCGAGCUGGUGCGAUACAUCAGACAGGGGCUGCACUGGCUCCGCAUUGAGGCUCACCUGCUGUAGGCGCUGGACCACAGCCAGAUAAAAAUGGGGAAGAAGAGAAAAAAAAAUCAUAAAAUGUGCCUGGGAGCUAGGACUGGGAUAAGCGAGAUGACACCCACAAUGAUGCUUUAGUCCCCCGCUGGGGUGCUUCAAUGACUCAACACAUCACGGUACAGUAAUGGCAUUGACUAGGUGGAUUAAUUGGGCGAAAAUCCAUCCGCACUUAGGAAUGAAUGGCAACUCAUGGCAAUCAUUUGACUGUGACUCACCGAGUACAAAUUAACAUAAUUAACCUGUGUCUGAUGUGGCUCUUUGGAGAGACAACAAUUAUACUUCUGUACAUGUAGUUUAGAUUCCUCCCCGAGUAGGAAUAGAGGUUAGAUGUAUUUUUAACAAGAUGGGAUCAUUUUCAAAAGGAAAUGGAAGAGGCUACUGCGAUUAAAAAGGAUGAAUCUUUUGGAAGGAAACUCUAAAGAGGAAACGUGUGUGUCUGAUACUGAUCCAGCUGGUGAAGUCAUACAAUACAUCAAUUAGAUAAGAAUCAUGCACGUAAAGAGGCUCCUUUACAAACACUACAACUGAAUUAACAAAGGCUAAGACACAUCAGCGCUCUAAAUCAGGGCCGGGCGAGUGAGACAUCCACUGAGAAAUACACACGAUUUUCAUUUCUUAUUUAAAAGGGCCGUGGAAGCUCCUUCGUGUGAGGCCAGCUAUUAAGCAAAGCGGUUAAUUACAAAGUUGUUUCCGUGGUUUUCACUCAAUUCAUAAAUUCCUGUGACAUUUUCUUCAGUGAUGCCAGACAUCAAGAAGAAUUGACAACGUAAGUAAAAGGUCAGCUGUACAGGUGGUGCCGUGGUUACUCAUGCGCUCCCAUAAAUUAAUUAAAAACGUAAUUUUGGACUGUAAAUGAGAGACUCACUCAAAAACUAGUUACAGCACAGGGAUGUAAAGUGCGCCUCUUGCUGGGUGGAAGAAUACAGUGUGUGCCUGCGCAGCCACACCGAGGAAGCAUAACAUGUCUCCCAAGUGGCCGCGCGCCAAAGAAAAGGAAAGCCAUUACCACUGUAAGUGGAAAUGAACAUCAUAAAAAGCUCAGAUCAGCAAUAUUGGCCGCUCUUUUGGUCCGAAUCUCUCGACUGUCAUGACCAUCAUUAAGGAUACAGAUUAUUCAAUGCAAAUAAGUGCUAGAGCAUUGCAAAUCCUAUUGCUGGCUACAGCUUCAAUGUUAAUUUGGAAAUGUAUGGCGAGCCGGAUUGAAAAGCUUACCCGUGUCGGCUAUAAAGAACACAGUGAUCCCUCACCGCUUUAAAUUUUGCAGCUUUGCUCUAUCAUUUUUUGAAAAAUAUAUUAAUUACUAAAUCAUGCUGUUAUGUGAUUGGCUACAGCCUAUUAUUAGUAAAAAAAAAAAAUGCAUAUUUAAGCAAAUCUUACAUAUUUUUGGCCGAAAUUAAGCAUUUAUCUAGCAUAAAAAUGGCUAAAUGAACUAGAAUACAAAUAUGAGGGAAUCAGAAGACACAAACAUGUUGUGAUGGUAUGUAGUAUUCUACACUGGACACUAGGUUUCAUUAAUGUUACAUUGACAAGACAAUAGCCGCCGCAGGAAGUACAAAGAAGGAUAUACAGAAAUAAAAAGGAAAUUUGAACUAUGUCUACUAUAUUGGGUUAUACAAGUGUAAAGGCGACUUUAGGAGUUUCUAUCAUUUCUAGAGGGCUCUCAUAAUAUUGAAAACUGUUUUCAGAGGGUUGUAGACAGGUUUUCUAUGCUCUAACUACGAAAAUAUUUUAUUUAUUAAGAAGGAAUCCUACUUUGCGGAAAUUAAUUUAUCACGGUUGGGUCUGGAACCAAUUGACCACGAUAAACAAGAGAUUAUUGUGUAUAUAUAUUCCUUAGUAUUACAUUAUACUCAAAUAUUUUGUUUGUUUUUAUUACUGACAAAAUGACACAAACACGGUGGCCGAGUGGUUAGCAUGUUGGCCACACAGUCAGGAGAGCGGUUCGAAUCUCUGUGUGGAGUUUGCAUGUUCUCUCCGUGCGUGCGUGUGCAUGUUAGGUUAAUUGGUGACUCUAAAUUGUCCAUAGGUAUGAAUGUGAGUGUGAAUGGUUGUUUGUCUAUAUGUGCCCUGCGAUUGGCUGGUGACCAGUCCAGGGUGUACCCCGCCUCUCGCUCAAAGUCAGCUGGGAUAGGCUCCAUCAUACCCUCGCGACCCUAGUGAGGAUAAGCGGCAUAGAAAAUGAGUGGAUGACACAAACGGGCAAUCCAGUGAUUGUCGCAUCAGACCAGUGAAGAUAAUCCAAACGUUUAUGUAAAAUAUACAUAAAUAUGUAAUAUAAAUAUAUGACCAAAGAAUUAUCAAUCUCCCAAUGCCACUAAAUCUCCUUAUUUGUAUGCCUUACUAUUUGUCCUUUCUCGUGGCUCAGUUCCAGCUCCCACGGUAAGCAUUGCCCCCCACCAUGGACUGUGCAACAAUGGCAACUUUGGACAACAUUGCAUUUGAUCCAAUCAGCACUGGACAUUUUGGUCGUGUGUUGUGUUGUUGUGUGUAUACGCGUACUGCUGAUUGUGUCGACAUGACGGGACAAUAAUGAUGUUUGUGCUCCACAAUUAUAGACUGUGACUCCUGCCAACAGUGACGUUGUUGUGUUGUUGUUGUUGUGGUUGUUUUUGUCAAUUCAAAGUGAAUGGACGAUCGACUGAUGUAAAACAAGAUGUUGCAAAUCUAUAUUCUGUAGUGUGCGUGCGUGCGUGUGGGCGUGCGUGUGUGUGUGUGUGUGUGACAGGUGUGUGUUUAUGGUUGCUUUCACAUAGCAACUAAUGUGUUGUUUCUUUAUGGCACAGCUAAGAGAUUGUGGGGUAUGCUGCAAAGCAAGUUUAUUGGGUUAGCGAGGUGUGUUGAGUGUAAAGCCGGGCUUGCCUGUUCGACGAAGGUAGCUCUCUUUUAAAGCAGCUGUAUCACCAUGGUAACUGCUAAACCUCCAGACUUUCAUCUUAAAAAUGGGUUAUGACGGUGUUUCACUUAUUCGGAGAUGGCGUCACCAUUUAUUGAGAACCCGGUGGACGUGGGAGCAGGAACAAUUCUGGCAGCAUUACGACGGGAGUGGCUACUUCGAGAUCACGCUGAUUCGCUGGCAUUCCCUGAUGAAAUUCUCUUCGAGAGAGAUACAUUUUCAGCCGAGAGAAUACACUACAUUUGCUCACGUUUCGAGCGGAGCGUCAGGAAUAAAACGCGGUAUGGAAUAUUAACUCGGCCAAUGCUAGCAGCAGUCCUUGCAUGAGUGGUCAGCCCGUUUAGUCUUCUUGUAUUACAAUAUUUGUUGGAGCAAUAAGCACUCUGAGGCAUCAAUCAACUGCAACAAAACACUUCUUUAUUGUAACAAAAUGGAAAAAAAUUGUCCCAAAGGAAAACGGUCGCCACAAAACACGACAACGCUGCCUCCAAGUGGUUACAACGAGAUACAACAUUUUAUAAUUUAGAGCAGUGAAAAAUAUUCGUAGACAUAUUUCAAAGAUGACUUAAAAUUAAUUAAUUUUUUUAGUGGAUAAGUGUUAAUAUGUCGAAGUUGUGCAAUGUUGAUAAAGACCCUGUCACACCUUGACGAUUUAGCCAGCGUACGCAAACGUAUGAAAAAUUUGGCCAAUACACUGGCGUACGUUGAAUAAGUUAUGGGUAAGUUUUGUAUAAGUUAAGAGCACGCCGGCAUACGUCGUAGUACGUCCAAGUUGUCCAAAAAUUUGGUGCACGCACAAAACUUUUCGACGUAUGUCAACGUAUGAUUCAUAUGUCCCGCAUACGCGGGCAAUAAGUUAUGCGAUCGUUGACACCCGUUCACACACAUUACUUGUAAGUUACGCACAAGUCGUAAUACGUAAACAUACCUUGGGACAAAACUGUGUCUUCUUGGCUCUCUUCUUGGCAAGAGUUGGCUGAGAGGAGAUGGAGGCCACUGGGGAAGCAGCUUCCGAUACCAUUGACGAUACCUGAGAGGCGUUAGAACCUGCGUCAUCUCCAUCAGAGCUAGAGUGGGAGGGGGAGGCUGUGGGUGGUGAUGGAUCCCUCCGUCACUACCCUGAUACUUCUUGACAGCCGUCUUCGAAAUUUUCUUCGGCAUGAUGGUGAUGUUGACACUGCGAUGGCAGCCUUUUUACAGGCUACGGCACGUCAUCGUCGGCCAUACGCUGCCGCGCGGUUUGCAUAAGUUAGACUGGCGUUGGGCAUAAGUUGUGAAUGCCGGCAACACGCCACACAUUCGUUGGUAUAAGUUGUCUAUAAGUUAUAGAAAUGUUCUAUGUAAGUUACUAAUACGUCAUGUAUACGUCGAACUCGUGAAGAAUACGCUAUGUAUUCGCCCAAAAUUGAAAAAAACGUCCACAGUUCAACGUAUGCCAUCAAAAUGGUCACGUCGGGCAUGCGCUGGCUAAAUCGUCAAGGUGUGACAGGGCCUUAAAGCGUUGAUAAAUGAAAUACUAGUAGGGUAUAAUUAGUGUAAUAAUCAGUGUUAACUUGCGCAUUCACACGCUCGGUAUUGUUCUGCCAGCGGUCCUCCCUCGCUCUAUUGGCGGCGACAGCGUCGCUUUUGGCAGCAAUGAUCUUUUUCCACUCCUCUUCACGCUCCACAAUAAUGACUUGCUCGUCUUGUGUAAAAAAAAAAAAAAAAAAAAAAAAAUGCUUCAGUUUUGAGCGGAAGUGGAAUAACAUGACGUCAAACGCCAACUUUUUAUGUGAACGAGCACCGAGCACAAAGCCGAGAACUUGACAAAGUAAGUUGAUAGCCACCGUUUUAGUACCGUUUGACCUUUUUGGGGGGAAUUUAGGUUUCGUUGAGCUGCAUCUUGCGCAUAAAACCCGGUUUGUCACGCCACUUUCGCAGUGUACCCCCCCCACCCCUCCUGCUGUGUUCUUUUAUUUAUUUUUCUGUCAUGGUCUGUGUAAAUCCAACUCAUCCAGAGUGAGUGUUUUGGUUCGAAAUCAUGUGACCACUGCUGAAUGUGUAUGGAAGACAAUGCGGAUGUGCAAGGAAAAAUUUCACUUUGACAAAAAAAAAAAAAAGAGAAAAAAACUUAAGUGCCUCUAUUCGUGUCCAGUGGGAACUGCUCUAUUUAUUUAAGAACAAAGAAUGAAUCUAAGUGAUUUUCCAUACCAUAUUGGUACAAAUAUGAGAUUGUUUUUCGUAAAAUCAAAUGUUUCCAUGAGCUUUUUACUAGCGUUUAUGAUGACACUGCGCUUUGGCUUUAAGGAAAAGUAUGUGAUUCAAAGUGUCUGAUUUCCAUCAGUUGUUGUUCUUUUCUUUCCUUGAUGUUUUUGAGGGUUUGUCUGAAAUGCCUGAUAUGAAAAAUAUUGCAUGCAAUAAAUGGUAGCGUCAGACCAACGACCAUUUGUCUUUGACGUGUUUCUGUUGACAGGAAUGCUGCUUUAAAUGCAACACAUCGCUCAAAGCCCGGAUGAGGUCGGACCAUUGUGGAACAUCAGUGAUUGGGCUGUUGAAGCUUACUGCUAAUACUGCAGUGUUUUUGACACACAGUAGAUCCAUGUCCAUGUUUUCUCAUUUCUUUUCUCUUCAAAUUGUAAAUAAUGGGUGUUUUUUUUUAAUGGUAAAAUCAAAUAGAAAGUGGUUUGAUGGCGUUAUCUGCAUUUUAUAUUAAAAUGCUGCAGCUACGAAUCCAGCGGAUUUUCCAUCAGGAUGAUUCUUCGACACGACGUAAUGUUGUGUUAAUACCAAAAGUGUAUACAGGAAUCCCCCGCCACUCCGUGCUCCAAAUGUCAUCUACCACUAAGGCCGCCCCCUUUAUGUGAACGUGCUCAUAACAGGACGAGAAAAUCCUGACUUCACUCAUUCAGUUUGUAUCCAGCUUCGUAGUACCG